UAAAAUUUAAAAUGGAACCUGAAAGAAAGAAGAAAGUUUUGUUCAUUAAUUUAGUAAUGAAAACUUUAGAAUUUGCAAACUCUUUAAAAUACCCUCUUUUGACCAAGUUAACUAACCAAUAUCUGAAAAGUUUCAUCCUCAAAGCUCAGAAUAUGGUUAAGACAUCUGAAAUCAGCCCAAAAAUAACUUCUUUGUUGGCUGAUCUCCAACAAAAUAAAUUUUAUCAAGAAAUGUGAGUGUGGAGAAUUGAAGUUCAAGAAAUGCAAGACCUUGGUAUUGAAUACGAUACUUCUUAUGCUAGAGAAAGAGUUCAGAGCUUUCUCAAAAACACUUAUCCCUGUUCAAUAAAUAAAAGUUUAAACUCUAAAAUUUUCUUAGAGAAAGAGGCAUGAUAUAACAAAAUGGUUGAAGCCAAUGAUCAAGCUUACUCCCGACAAAAUAUUUCUAGUUUUAUUCAUAAGAUCAUUGACUUUGAACAAGAUUUAGAAAAGAUGAUCUCUCUUGACCAGGACUCUGGCCUUUCAAAAGUAAUGGCAAGAUGCUUCCAAGACUUGAAGAUCCCUAGCACAAACAUUUUUACUCUCUACAGUAACAAAUGCAGAUAUCAUCCUUACUACAAGAUCAAAUACUCGAAGAGCAUCAAGGAGCUAAGAUUUAGCAAGAGAGCUAUAGACACUCCUGUGGUGUCAAGAGACCUUGAGUUCUUAUCAAGGAUCUCUAGCAAAGUCACCAAGAUAGUGACUCUUUUCCAAUGCAAGAUCUCUCAGAAAUACUUCGCCAACCUUCUUUGAGCAUUCAGGCAUGUGAAAUGUAUCAACCUGAAUGGAUGUAAGCUCCUGUAUAGCCCGAAACUGAGCCUUGAGAAUGCUCUGAAAGGGUGCAAAAUUGAAUCAAUUAGUAUCUCAGGGUGAUCUGGUAUCAGAACUAACAACUGGGAAGAUCACCCAGAACGCUUCUAUGACUUAAUAGACUUGUUUUCAACUUCAAAAGAUUUGAAGAAGAGCCUUAGAUGUCUUCAGGUGCAUAUAAAAACCAUCCCAAAAAUUGUAAUCAACUGUAAACUCCUUGAGAAUGGUUUCACUAAUCUAUAA